UUGGAGAUUUACUGGUUCUUGUGUUGGUCCUGUUGUUUGGCGCUGCUCCUUCCCUCCUUUAUCCUCUGCUUCAGUUUCCUGCUUCGCAAAGCCUUCUCCCAAAGCAUCGCCGUUUCCUCUCCCUCAUCGGAACUCGUGAAUUCUCCUCCUUCCCCUUCCGAUGAUUCUUCUUCUCCUCCUCCUCAUCCUUCGCCGCUGCCUCUUCCAAGCGGAGAAUACGAGGUUUUCCUCAGCUUCCGAGGUCCGGACACUCGCAACAACAUAGCCGAUUUCCUCUACGUCUACCUGAUGCGGUCUAAAAUUCGCACUUUCAGGGACGACGAAGAGCUGCGCAAGGGAGAGGAGAUCGCUCCUGGGCUCCUCCAGGCUAUCGUUGAGUCCAAGAUUUAUAUCCCGAUUCUGUCCAAAACCUAUGCUUCCAGCAAAUGGUGUUUGAAAGAGCUCGCCCAAAUGGUGGAGUGCCGAAGGCAAGAUCAAGGGCAUGUCAUUUUCCCGAUUUUCUACCUUGUGGAUCCCGGGGACGUGCGACAUCAAAGGGGGGAUUACGAGGAGGCGUUUCUACUCCACGAGGGGAAAUUUGAUGAGAAGACUGUACAAGAUUGGAGGGAUGCUCUCGAAGAGGUUGGGAAAAUGAAAGGUUGGCAUGUCACCGAUUUGAAUGGGCAAGGAAGUGUAGUGGACCAAGUUUUUGAAAAGGUGCUGGCACUCCUGAGCAAGAAUUACUCGUUGGUGAGUGAUGAGUUGGUUGGAAUUGAUCAUCAUGUGGAAAAGGUUAGGGAGCUACUGGAUGAGGAUUCUGGGGGUGUCAAAGUUGUUGGGAUUCAUGGUAUGGGUGGUAUUGGCAAGACCACUAUUGCCACUGCUGUCUACAAUACAAUCAGUGCGCAGUUCAACCGCUGCAGCUUUCUGGAAGAUUUGCGAGAAACAUUACUGCAACAUGAGGGUAUCGUGACUUUGCAAAACAAGUUAAUCUCUAGCAUUACAAGAGAUGGCCCUCCAGUGAGAGAUGCUAGUGAAGGAAUUCGGGUGAUAAAGGAUAGAGUUUGUCAUCACAAAGUGCUCAUCGUGCUAGAUGAUGUGGGUGAUAAGUUUGAAGUUGGAAAGAUCUUGGGGGGAUACAAUAUGUUUUUCCCUGGCAGUAGGUUUAUCAUCACAACAAGGAAUAAGAAAGUCUUGACUUCGACAAAGGAAUGUGAGCUAUAUGAACCUGAGGAAAUGAGUGAUGACCAUUCGCUUCAGCUCUUCAGCAAACAUGCAUUUGGAAUGGAUUCUCCUCCAAAAGAUUAUGCAAGUUUGUCUGCACAGGUUGUCUCAGUUGCAGCAGGACUUCCCUUGACACUUAAAGUUGUGGGGUCGCUUUUGUAUGGCGAAGAUAGCCUGGUCUGGGAGGACACAUUGAUGCAACUAAAAGAGAUCCCUCCCACUGAGGUCUUGGGAAAGUUGAAAAUAAGUUACAAUGCAUUGACAUAUGAGGAGCAACAGAUCUUUCUUGAUAUUGCUUGUUUCUUCAACGGAGAGAACAGAGAAAUGGCAUCUUAUAUGUGGAAUGAUUGUAGAUUAUACCCAGUCAGUGGGAUUAAUGUCCUUAUGCUUAGGUCCAUGAUAAAAAUUGGAAUGAAUAAUGAGUUUAAGAUGCACGAUCAACUUAGAGAUCUAGGCAGAGCAAUUGUUCGUGAAGAAAAUGUUGAGCAUAUUUGGAAACGCAGUAGGGUAUGGUUUAAUGAGGAUGCCUUGGACAUGUUAGACAUCAAGAAGGGAUCAGAGCAGGUCAAAGCCCUUAAAGUGAACUUAUUUAACAAAUUUUCACUUACGGAUCAACAUUUUAGGAAAUUGUUAGAGUUGAGAUAUCUUGAAUGUCACCAUGCCGACUUUGCCGGGGAUUUUGAUGAACUUCUUUCAGAUUUAAGAUGGUUACGAUUAAGUCGCCUUCAAGGAAAUUCAGCCCCAACUAACUUUUACCUGAAGAAGUUGGUAAUUCUUGAUAUACAUGACAACCAUAUAGGAGAUGAAUGGCAAGGCUGGGACCAACUCAAGAUGGCAAUAAAGCUGAAAGUUCUAAACCUUGUUACCUGCUACAGCUUAACCAAAGUUCCUGAUCUUUCUCCACUCGGAAGUUUGGAGAUAUUAAAUCUUCAUGGAUGCCGUGACAUGGUUCAAGAACUCGAGAUCAGCAACUUGAAGAAUCUAAAGAAGCUAAAGCUCAGCUACUGUGGAAUAACGAAGAUAACUGGACGCAUUGGAAUGCUUCAAAAGCUUGAGGAGCUAGAUGCCUGGGAAUGCAAGAACUUGGAACAAGUUCCUGAUGACAUUGGGAGCUUACCAUCUCUUAAAACCUUCAAAAUCACUUCUCGGAAAGACUUCCCAGUGCCGUACCUUCCUACUGAUAUAAAGGAGCUAAUAGUCUCAUCUCUGGUUCCCAAUCUCUCUAACCUGAUACACUUGGAAGAGUUGGGGUUCUAUACUUAUCAUGGUGUCGACAGUCCUCAAGAUUUAUGGAGAUUAUCCAAGUUGAAGACUUUGGAACUCUGUGAGACUAAUAUCAGAAGUCUGCCGAUUGCCCUUCCACCAUCUCUGAACAAGCUUUCACUUCGUCAUUGUCAGUCGUUAGAGGCGUUGCCAGACCUCACCCUCUUGAAGAACCUGACAGAAUUAACUCUGCUGUGCUGUCCCGAUGUCUGCGAGAUUCAAGGACUCGGGGAGCUCAAAUCAUUGGUACAUUUGGAAGUAACAGAUGGGGAAAGCUUAAAUCAUCUGGAAGGUCUUCAAGGUCUCAUACUUUUGACAGUCUUGGAAGUGAUACUGUGUCCAUUACUGAAAAAACUGCCCAGUCUAGCUGCUUUAAAUAAGGUACAAACACUGACCAUCUCCCAAUGUUCCAGCCUCACUGAAAUCCAAGGCCUUGGUGAAAUGGAGUCAUUAAAGCAUCUAGAGAUCGAAGACUGUGGAUCCCUGCAAAGUUUACCUGACCUUUCAACACUGUCAAAGCUGAGAGAUUUGACUCUUAACGAGUGCAAGAGCUUGCAGAGUAUUGAGGGAAUUGGAUCCUUGGAAGCACUGGAACGGUUGACUUUGAACGAGUGCCAUUCAAUAAAAAGGUUUCCUUCUCUAUCAAAGCUGACUAAACUGAAGCAGUUAACUGGGAAGAAGAAUCUCGGUUUGCUGGAGAUUCAGAGUCUCCAAGGCUUGCACUUGCUCGAGGCUCUGGAGCUUCCCAGUUGUGGUUCCCUGGAAAGAUUACCAGACAUGUCUAGUCUGAAGAGCCUGAAAAAAUUAGAUCUUGAUGGCUGCCGGAGUUUGGUUGAGGUUACUGGAGUUGAAGGACUCGAGUCGUUGGAGUCAUUGUCGAUGAACAGUUGCUGGUCGAUUGAAAAGCUACCAAACAUUUGGACUCUGAAAAGCUUGUCGCUUCUAGCCCUAAGAGAUUGCUGGGAAUUGAAAGAUCUACCAGGAGUGGAAGGACUGGAGUCAUUAAAAGUGCUGGAUAUCCAUGGCUGCAAGUCUAUCGAGAGUUUGCGAAACGUUUCACAUCUCAGACAAUUGGAGAAACUGUCACUCAGCGGUUGUGAAAGUCUAAGCGAGCUCUCGGGACUUAUAGGGCUCCAUUCUUUGAAAGAGCUGAAUCUUGAGAGCUGCACAUCGCUUGGAGAGUUACCAAGUCUUGCCCAACUCCGGUGUCUGGAGAAACUAUUUCUAGACGAUUGUGUAAACUUAACUGAAGUUUUGGGACUCGGAAGACUGGAGUCGCUGCAAAUGUUGACAAUGUGUGGAUGCAUAUCCAUCGAGAGGCUGGAAAACAUUUCGAAGCUGAAACAUCUAAGUCUUUUGCAUAUAAUUGGCUGCGAGAAACUGAAAGAGCUACCAGGGCUUGAAGGUCUAGAGUCACUUGAUGAGCUGAAAAUGAAUGGCUGCAAGUCGAUCGAGAAGUUGCCAAGUCUUUCAAAUCUCCGGCAGUUAGAGAGGCUAACUGCAAGGGGCUGUGAGAGCUUAAGCGAGCUUCAGGGAGUUGAACAACUUAAGUGUUUAAAAAUGCUGGACAUGGGCGGGUGCAAGUCUAUUGAGAAGUUGCCGGUCCUUUCUAGUCUCAGGAGUUUGCUGUGGCUCUCUGUGAAGGAUUGUGAGAAGUUGGUGGAGAUAAAGGGAAUCGACGAAUUGAAAUCGCUAACUUACUUGGACGUCUCUGGGUGCAAUUUGAUCAAGGACAUACCAGAGCUACUGCACACAAAAGUCAACAGAUAAAGCAUGAGCUUCACAUGGUAACAUAUCAAGCAGUUCUGUUUUUGUGUUCCAUGUUUUGUUCCCUACAGAAAGAAAGAUGGUUCAUUUGAUAGCUUGGUGAUCACGGAACGCCAAGGGAGCUCGAAUCUCUCGAUUUUUUCAUCUGGUGAAGCAGCGAUAUAGACAAUACCAUAUCUAUUGGCGUUACUUUUGCCAUUUGGACAUGUUUCAUUAACCAUUGACAAUGACUAAAGUAAAGCAGCACUGCAGCAGAAGGUGAAACAGAUCUAUGAAGGAGAGGAAGAAUGUUCUGUUAUGAUUUUUUGCUUUGGAUGGAUCUUAGAUGAUGGAGCAUUUGCUUGGUGGCCUUUUAUUUGUUAUAUUUGUUUUUUGAUGCGUCUUUCCUCUAGUGUUUUAGACUCUAAAUUUGUAAAUUUAUAAUACUGUUUCACC